GAGUAGGGCGGGACAUCCUCUGCGGAAGCCCCCUCGUUUGUGUGACGUCACGGAGAGGCGGGGCCUCUUUCAGCCUGGGCGGGGCUUCUGGCGGUAUCGUGGGGCUGGAUUCGCUUGUCUGAUUUUGGGGUCGCAUUGGCCAACGUUGCCGCACACCCCGGGGAGGGAGGAGGACGCUUUACUUGAAAGGCGGACUGAUUGAGGAAGAAGGGCGCAGUCAUCCUACGUGAACAUUCCAGAAGGAAAUCUCACAUUUCACUUUUCACCACCUCCCGGUUCAGGAAUAAAAACUGUGGAGACCUGGUCUCAUUCUGCCAAGUUUCUGGAUAAAUGGCGGGGCAGGAGAGUUUUGCAGGUUUUGGAAUAGCUCAACAAAAUCAUUAUUACUGGUACUGGCAAAGGGGGAAGCCAGUGUUCCAACCCUGCCAAGCUUACCACUCCGGCAACUGGUUUGAACAACAGCACAGCGGUUACUCCCUUUCUGUCUCCACCUGUGGCUGUGCAGCAGAUGGAAAUGGACUCGACCUUUCUGUGCGGGAGACCUCUGGACCCCCAGCUGAAACUCUGGUCCUGCCUAAGGAAAGCAGAGCUCUGGCAGAGAAGCAAGAUGAAGACCCACUAGAAGCUCUGGAUACUGAGAAGUCCCAAAUCAAGGUGCUAGCUGGUUCAGUGCCUGAUCCAAACCUUCAUGUGAAUAUUGAGGAAUUAAACAAGGAGUUUAUGAUGAAAAGUGAGGAACUCUACGACUCUCUCAUGAGUUGCCACUGGCAGCCUUUGGAUACGGUUCACUCUGAAAUCCCAGAUGAGCCCCUGGAGAAGCAUGAUGUUCAUUAAGCUACCCCACUGUUCUAUUGAUUGCCUCCUGUUUUGUUUUUGUUUUUGCAACAACAAAAAUUCUCCCAGGAAUGUACUGGAUGCUAUGUGUAAAUGCAGAUCUCCAGGUCUUGAUUGUGACUGACAUGAUAAAAUGUGAUGUAAAUAAACUUUACCAGCACAUCCA